CCCGAAGCAAAGACAACAGCACGCGCGCGCAAUCCCUACACUUCGCCGCAGACGCCGCGUCAUUCACCACCCACUGCGACUGCGAUCUCGCGACUGCGACUGCGAUCUCGCGACUCGCCAUGGGCCCCCCGGGCAUCGGUCGGCCCUCCGGCCGGUCUGCCGCACCCGCUCGCUCUAGCGUCGGAAACGCCUUGCCGUCCCACUGGCUGCAGAUGUACGAUGAGUUCAUCACGAAGAACGCGCACCAGGUGUCCCAGAUUGAGUCGACUCUGCGAUCGCUGACAUACAUCAUCCCUGGCCGCUUCCGCGACGCCGAGAUCGCGUCCGAAUCCAUACACACCGGCGUGCAGCUCCUUUCGCUCUACCACGACGCACUACUCCGGCGAGCGCACACGCUAUCAAAACUGCGCGCGUUCCGCUCCUCGGUGCCCCCCCUUUCCCCGCCGCCGCUCCCCCACAGCCGGUACACGCGCUUCUGGACGCUCAAGAGCGCCCUCUACCGACGCGUCGCCUACGUGCUACAGAUCGUCGAAUAUGUCCAGCUCCUGUGCGAGAUGGCAGCCAAGCGGCGUGGCGAGCGCACACGCUGGCGUGUCGUCGUCCUUCUCGAGGCUAUCAAGGCCGUCUGCAAGCUGCUGCUUCUGAGGAUAACACGGUCGAGACCCCUCGUGACGCCGGCGCUGCCCGAGCGAGAACCCAUACCCGAGGAGCCGCCUGAAGACAGCGACGAGGACGCGGCGUUCGCCGGGCUGGAGGAAGAUGACCCAGACCGCCGGAGCAGCUCGGCGCCUGGACCUCAACCCAACGGCCACUCAUCAGCCCCACUCGGUCCCAAUGGCGAAUGGACCAUGCCGCGCACGGGCAUGACUCUGCCGUCGCUCCCCUCGCCGGGCGACACGAGCGGGUAUCUGCUGUCGCGCGUCCUCACCGCGGACGACAUCAAGCCCGCCCCGAAGCUACUCAACCGGCUGCAGGGCCAGGCGUACGCGGCCGAAGUCCUGCACAUCCUGGCGCCGCUGAUCUUCGCCGUGGCGCUGGCGCGGAGCAAGGACAAGCGCAAGGCCUGGACGCCGUGGGUGCUGGGCGUGGGCGCGGAGCUGGCCGCGCGGCAGCUGCGCGAUCGCGGGCUGCGGACGACGCCGCUCGAGCGCGACGAGUGGCGCCGGCGCGGCUGGGCCAUGGGCUGGUGGGCCAUGCGCGGCGCUUUCUACGAGCAUGUCACCAAGGGCGCCGUGGAGGGCGUGCGGCAGCGGCUGCCGCGGCUGCUGUCGGGGAUCUUGGAAGACUACGAAUAUCUGUGGGAGAACUACCACUUCAGCACCAGCCCUUGAUGGGAGUUUCUGUGAAGCGCUGGUCGCCGAACGGUGCCAUUUCACUCGUCUUCAUGGGGAAAUGGGAUCGCAUAUGGAUCUGGCGCAUG